AUGGAAUCUCAGGACGGAAUCACCGUCCGCCCCAUGAGGCUGAAGGUUCUGUAUACUUUCGACAACGAGAACAAGACCAUCUGUCUAGCUCGAUGGCCUCACGUGCUUGAUAUACAGACUGCCUACUUGGAUGAGCGUACGCAGAUCGGUGUGAUUGAGCUCAAGACUUCUAUUCAGGCAAUCGUCUCUGCAAGUCCCGAGUUGGUAGCACAAUUGGGAAAAGACUACACUGUUUACGCCUAUGACUACUCGGAAUACGAAACCCCAUUGGUUGGGCAAGGGAUGCUAUCAUGGGUCCUCGCCUCUGCCUCUCCAACGCCGAAUGCCCCCGCUCACCAGUCUCAAACAAUGGUUACUGGUCGCGUGUGUAAGAAUCCGCUUGGACUUUUCUCAAAGGGCGCCCAGGAGACAUUGGAGGUCAAGCUUCGGCUCGUGCCAGUCCCAACCGUUAUGCAAAGCGAAUACCUGGACAGCAUGCAGAAGUACCGAGAGUUAAGCAAUGUCAUCCCUCACGACUUUGAUGCUCAAACAUGGACGAACUUCGUACGCCAACAUCCUGCUCUUCUUGAAUCUACUCGGAACCAGCAACAACAUCAACAAAGCCGGGUCUCUUCUCCUAUGGAUCAAUCUGGGAUUGAGCGAGUGCACCAGCUUCUCAGUGAAGGCGCUACUCCUCGAGAGUUCUCUGGCUACCCUACAAAUGAGUCGAUUCGUUCCGUGUCGCCCAGCCAAUCCUACUGUGCGCCCAGCAGGAUGUCGACUCCCGGCGGUACUCGGCCUGGCACCCAGCAACAGCAGCAACCGCCGUUGCUACAACAACCCCAACCAAGACAAAGCUUCUCCCAUAGCGAUAUCAUCCGUCCUUCAUCAAGUGCUUCCAUGCAGGGAAGUGAGAUCCAAUCCCAAAUUCACAAUCCUCGACGAGGAUCCUUCCAGUCUGGAUAUGGUAGUGGAGGUGAAGAAUCAACAGACCAUCAGCCACGGAAGAGAGCCAAGCUGUACCAAUCCAGUUGGCCAGGGAAGUCCGAUAUGAAUAUUGAAAGACAACCUAGCUCACUGCGGGUAGCAGCCAGCACUGCAGCCUCGGUCCGCAUCCACCGCCCGACACCUGUCAACCCUGCUAUCGCUGCUGAGCAAUCCAACGAGGAACCCGUCCGUCCACCAACUCCUAUUUCUCGACCUGGAGAUAUGCAGCGUCGUGCGCGCCUUCCGUCCAGUCUUCUGCGACAGUCUUCGGUCCAGAGCAGUGCUUCAUACACAUCGCCAUAUAGCAACAGCGAUGAUUUGUUACAUACCGACCAAACCGCGCAUUCUCCAGAUGACUCUCGCUACCAGGGUCUCUUUGAACCUCCUUUCACCAUGCCUUCAUCUCCUCCCGUUAUGGAAUGUCGAUUCCCAGCUAGGUCAAGCCCUAAUUUGCCUCCUAUAUCCUUAGACACGGACUCCGGCUUCAUGAGUGGAGGCUUUGAGGACCUUAUGGAUGAUGGGACAGCUACCACCCCAAUUGACGGGCCCCAAAGAGCAGAAUCUGAAGUUGAGCCCCGUAGCAAGCACUCUCGACCUGUUCGUUCUGCAGUCCAAGCAAGCUCUCCAGCAAGUAUGAAUGGUCUGAUGUCGGAAGGCCCUAAUGACUCGAUGCUAGUCAGCGACGCUCCCACUGAGCAGCCACCACCAGGGGGUUUCCAGCGUCUUCCCCCUGCCACAUCUCGGCCUUCUUCGCGAGCUAGCACACGUCCCACACCAAAGCCACUGGUGCCAGCACCCAUCUCACAGAGUGAAGCGGCCCAUUAUAUGAGCACUGUCCCCGCCAGCGACCCUGUUGUACCCACUCCAGCCUGGAGUGGGCCCGUGGGUGACAUGUUUACCGCGCGAACGCCGACGCAAGUGUCUGAUACUCGGAGGCCUCGCAGUGGGGGUGCUGCAAAGCGGUCACAGCAAGUGCAAGCCAAACUUGACCAGGCCAUCUUGUCUGGAACGAUUCCUCCCUACUGCGAGAAUUGCGGUGCCAUUGAGACUCCUACAUGGCGUCGGGCAUGGGCAAACAUGAUUACUGGCGGUGAAGAAGACGCGAAGGCUAUGCUGAAGGACCAGAGCAUGCUGUUUUGGGAAACUCUGGAGCAAAAUGACAAGAAUGAAGUCACUAAGUUCAAGAUGUUCAAAAAGGGCCUGUCGGUAACCGACGACAAGGAAUGGACCCAGGUCCUUCUCUGCAAUCCAUGCGGCCUUUGGCUCCAUAAGUUCAAAAGCAUGCGCCCAGAGAACCGGUGGAACAAGCAAUCGCAGGUGGAUAGUGCUAGCGGUAAGAAGAAGCGGCUACCAAGAAACCGCAAACAAAGCGGUGGUCCUCUUUCCAAUCCCUCCACCAGAACUCGCAGCAAAGCGCCAAAACUCAAUGCAGUCUCUUCUCCUGCUCCCACCGAGGCCUCCUCUGUGCAUGCUGAGGAAGGGGCUACUCCGCGAGUGGAUAAUGACCAAAACCAGGAUGAGGCAGAAGAAUAUCCCAGCAAGCGUCGUCGCGCAAACAGCGUCGAGCCUCCCAAAUCGACAGACAAUGCGAAGGAGCGCUGGCAGGAGCAGGACGCUGUCGAGGCCUUACGGCGUGCCAUUCAAUCCAGCCCUGCGAGGAACAUGAAUACUAGGAAUAUCACCGCCGCGGAUGAGACCAAUUUGACUCCCAAGCCCGUACGGCGGGCAUUAUUCCAGUCUUCACAGGCUGAUGGCCCAUUGAAAGAGUUGGAUGCUUCAUUUGUGAACAGCUGCUCUCCUCGACGCAGCCCACGAAUCGCUUCGAAGGGAGACAAACCGGUUCGCGGCCAAGAGAACAAGGCCCACGAUGACCUUGAUGGUCUGUUCGAGAGUCCCUCUAUAGAUUUCGACUUGCCGGUUAGCCCAACACCUCGUCGACGUAACCCUCGCAUUAAUGCCUUGCUGCAUGAGAGGCGUCACUCGCUGCCCUGCAACUCCCCGACGAGAAGCGGACGCAAGGAGGCCGGCCCAUGUGCGACCCCAACUCGUCUUACUGCCGAGCGCUUACAGCGGAUACAGGCAGGUCAGGACCAUUCCUCCCGGUCUGUCUCUCGUCAGAGCCGAUCACCCAGCAAACAUGGUCUACCAUCGCUGCCCGACCCGGGACUACACUCGGAGUCUUUCUCCAUCGACGGCAUGAUCCUGGACAUUUUUGAUGAUGCUCCCGAUCAGUCCAACUCCUUCCCUCUGGACCAAUCCAAAUUCGCCAACAACAGCUGGGCGAACUGGCUUCCCUCAGAUUACAUCUCCCCAUCUGCAUCUGACGAAGAGAACGGAUCUCCCGAUGACCUUAUCAAUGCGAUCCUCUCUGAUCCUGCUAUGAUGAAAGAAAAUAUACUCGACUCCAACUUUAAUCCUUUCGACUUUGAAGACUCUGGCGUCCCUGACUCGGGUUUCUUCAGCUCCGACGCUCUCCAUAUUGACCCAAUGGAUCUUGCUCAGAAAGCUCAGCCUGCAACUGCGCAGGCUGGUAGUCAGCCAGCGGUCAGCCCCAACAUAUAA